AUGACUAAGUUAUUUGACAAGUGGAUUGCUAUUUUCGGAAGACCUGGACUCAUUUUGUCAGAUAAUGGUGGUGAGUUCAAUAAUGAAAAGUUUCUGGAAAUGUGUGCUGUAUUGAAUAUCAAGGUUAGAACUACCCCAGCGGAGUCUCCUUUCUGCAAUGGUACGGUAGAAAGACACAACGGUUUGUUGUCAGAAAUGAUAGAGGCAGUUCUCAAUGACACUAACUGUAACAUAGACAUCGCUAUCUCGUGGGCGAUUAAUGCUAAGAACUCACUAGCUAAUGUUUAUGGUUUUAGUCCACAUCAACUAGUGUUUGGUCGCAAUCCUGAAAUACCCGGAGUUUUACAGAACACAGAUCAUCUUCCCGCACUUAAUGACGAAACCAGCAGUAAGAUUCUUGCCGACCAUCUUAAUGCUCUAGCAGCAGCUCGGAGCAGUUUUAUCAAGUUGGAGAACACUAGUAAGUUCAAGAGAGUGUUACAGGAACGAGUACAAGAUGCAGCAUGGAAUCAUCAGUACGUGAGUGGAGAUCAGGUGUAUUAUAAGAGGACUAAAGUGAAAGGACCUUGGUUAGGACCAGCGACAGUUGUUGGCCACUUAGCAAACCAAAGCAGGGACAAGAACCUACGAAGGUUGAUAACAGUUCACAGACACCAACAAAGUGUCAUCAAUCUGGAAGAACCAAUCAUGCAGCAGAGAGGAAGGUCUGUCGUGUUUUAG